GCGGAAAUUGCGUAGAUCAUUUGUAAGCGUGUGGGUCAGUGUAGUAAACUUCUGGGGGAAAAAAGUUUCAAAGUAUUCAACUUCAUUCUCUGCAGAAGACAGUUCCAGGAAGUCCAUCAUGUCGGCCCAAAUCAUCAGCGGAAAAGAAGUCUCAGCCCAGGUGCGAGAGAGGCUGAAGAAGGACGUGGAAGAAAUGAAGGCGCAAGACCCAAACUUCAGACCAGGCUUGGUUGUGUUACAGGUGGGAAACCGAGACGACUCCAACCUGUACAUCAGCAUGAAGCUGAAAGCUGCUGCUGAGAUUGGAAUCAAUGCGACGCACUUGAGGCUUCCCCAGACCGCUACUGAAGAAGAGGUCCUGCAGCGCAUCCAAGAGGUCAAUGAGAACUGCAGUGUGCAUGGGCUCAUAGUGCAGCUGCCUUUGGACUCCGUUCACCGCAUCGACACUGAGAAGGUCACCAACGCAGUGGCUCCAGAGAAGGAUGUAGAUGGUUUGACUAGUAUUAACGCAGGGAAACUGGCCCGGGGUGACCUUGGAGACUGCUUCAUACCCUGCACUCCCAAUGGCUGUAUGGAGCUCAUUAAACAGACAGGCGUAUCCGUGGCAGGAAAAAGGGCUGUUGUGGUUGGCCGCAGUAAGAUUGUGGGUGCACCAAUGCAUGACCUCCUGCUCUGGAAUCAUGCCACUGUUACCACCUGUCACUCAAAAACUGUUGACCUGGCAGCUGAGGUGGGAAAGGCAGACAUCUUGGUGACCGGGAUUGGGAAACCGGAGAUGGUGAAGGGCGAGUGGGUGAAGAAGGGCGCUGUAGUCAUUGACUGUGGCAUCAACCAUGUUCCAGACAGCACCAAGUCAAAUGGGAAGCGGGUCGUAGGUGAUGUUCACUUUGCCACUGCCAAGGAGCAAGCAGCCUUCAUCACGCCUGUACCAGGUGGAGUCGGCCCCAUGACUGUCGCCAUGCUCAUGCAGAAUACCGUUCUGAGUGCCAAGCGCUUCCUUCAAGCACAUGAACCAGGCAAAUGGAACAUCUCUUAUACCAAGCUCAACUUGCAGAGACCCGUUCCCAGUGAUAUCAUUAUUUCCCGCUCCGGUGUACCCAAGCCCAUUGACCGUCUGGCCCGAGAGAUCGGGCUUCUCUCGGAUGAAGUUGAGCUGUAUGGCAAGACCAAGGCCAAAGUCCAGUUGGAAACUAUUGAACGAUUGAAGUCCCAGGCUGAUGGCAAAUAUGUGGUUGUUACUGGAAUCACUCCUACACCUCUUGGUGAGGGGAAAAGCACCACUACAAUAGGGUUGGUGCAGGCUCUUGGUGCUCACCUCAACCGUAAUGUGUUUGCCUGUGUGCGCCAGCCGUCUCAAGGCCCCACGUUUGGUAUCAAAGGUGGUGCAGCUGGAGGUGGCUAUUCUCAGGUUAUUCCCAUGGAAGAGUUUAAUCUUCAUCUCACUGGUGAUAUCCAUGCCAUCACUGCUGCGAAUAACCUGGUGGCUGCUGCCAUUGAUGCUCGUAUGUUUCACGAAGCCACUCAGUCUGAUAAGGCACUUUUUAACCGCCUGGUGCCACUGAGUGGAGGCCAGAGAACGUUUUCCCCCGUGCAGAUCAACCGACUCAAAAAACUAGGCAUUGAGAAAGCUGAUCCGUCUGCGCUGACGGAGGAAGAGAUCACUCGAUUCGCCCGGCUGGACAUCGACCCUGAAUCGAUCACCUGGCAAAGAGUGUUGGACACAAAUGAUCGAUUCCUCCGAAAGGUUACCAUUGGCCAGAGCCCCACUGAGAAGGGCUAUACCAGAACAGCUCAGUUUGACAUCACGGUGGCCAGUGAGAUCAUGGCUGUGUUGGCUCUCACCAGUAGUCUGGAGGACAUGAGGCAGAGGCUGGCUAAAAUGGUGGUGGCAACCAGUUGCAGCGGCGAACCCAUCACCACAGAAGACCUGGGUGUGUGCGGAGCACUGACGGUGCUAAUGAGAGAUGCCAUCAAACCCAACCUUAUGCAGACCCUAGAGGGAAACCCUGUGUUUGUUCACGCCGGCCCUUUCGCCAACAUCGCCCAUGGGAACUCUUCCAUCCUGGCUGAUAAAAUUGCUCUGAAGCUUGUAGGGCCUGAUGGAUUUGUAGUAACUGAGGCAGGCUUUGGUGCAGACAUCGGCAUGGAGAAGUUUUUCAACAUUAAGUGUCGUUACUCCGGGCUGCGGCCUCACGUGGUGGUGCUGGUGGCCACAGUGAGAGCACUGAAGAUGCACGGGGGUGGACCAACAGUCACAGCUGGCAUGCCUCUUCCAAAGGAAUAUAUAGAAGAGAACCUGGAGCUGGUGGAGAAAGGCUGCAGCAACCUGAGGAAGCAGAUUGAGAAUGCCAAGCACUUUGGUGUGCCAGUUGUUGUAGCAGUCAAUGCUUUCAAGACCGACACUGAUGCUGAACUGCAGCUGAUCUGUGAGCUGGCUAAACAGGCAGGAGCUUUUGACGCAGUCCCCUGCACUCACUGGGCAGAUGGGGGCGCUGGAGCCACGGAGUUGGGCAAAGCUGUGCAGAAAGCUGCAGAGGCACCCAGCCACUUCAGCUUCCUGUACGACACUGAGUUGCCUGUCGUCGAUAAGAUCAGAAUAAUCGCGCAGAAGAUUUACGGAGCAGAUGAUGUCGAGCUCCUCCCAGAAGCUCAGCGGAAAGUGGAGCUAUACACCAAACAGGGUUUUGGCAAUUUGCCCAUCUGUAUGGCAAAGACUCAUCUGUCUCUUUCUCACGAUGCUGAAAAGAAGGGUGUGCCCACUGGCUUUGUCCUACCUAUUCGUGAUAUUCGUGCGAGCGUUGGGGCUGGGUUUCUCUACCCACUAGUUGGCACGAUGCCCACCAUACCAGGCCUCCCAACACGCCCCUGUUUCUACGACAUAGAUCUGGACCCAGUGACCGGAGACGUCAUCGGACUCUUCUAACAGAUGCUGAGUCGAAUCCCCAGUAGGCACACUUCUGAACCAGAUGUUUGUAAUGGUUUAAUUAGGGAGAUAUACGAGUAGAGUCAAUAAUUUUUUACUGAUUUGUUUCAUAGUUUGAUGUAAACUGUCCUCAUUGUUGCUGGAUCAGUAUUACAGCUACGAGUGUUCUGCUAUGGAGAGAUGUUCUUACAACUGACAAACUCUCAGAGCCAACAAAGCCCUAAAUAUUUAUGUUCAAUUAAAUGGGAAUGUAAUUUCAGGCCUACCAUUCAGCUGGCUUAUGUCAUUUGUAUGUGGUGGGUGGAAUCAUUCCAAUGUAUAAUCACUAAAGCCCUUUUUAACCGGCUUUGAUUUGAGUAAUUAUGUAUUUUAUACACAGUUGCUUGACACGAUGUUGAAAACGAAGACUUCAUGGAAAAAUUUCACCAAGUAGGUCAACAGACUUGGCUGGUCACGUUAUCAUGUGGCCAUUGUUUUAGAAAACAUUCAAUCAAAGUGCAGAAAUGAGCAACUCUUACAAUUACUUUUUCCAUUUAAUGUGGUCAGAAAUGCAGUUGUAUUUAUUCUGCCAAUUUUGAGCAUUAAAAUUUUUUUUUUCGAAAUGCAUCACAAAUAAUGACUAAUUGACAAUUGCUUGAAAGUGCACAGUUACAUUUUUCAGCAAAACUAUGUUAAAACAACACAGUUUAAAAUGAACAGUGUUUUUUACACCACACAUUAGUGAAGAAUGUUGUGGAAAUUUAGAAACUGGAAAACAAAAACAGAAGUUCUUUCCACAAGCAGCGUGAAUCACAAAUAUGAAAUGGUUAAGAGCUUCUUUUUUUUUUUCUUCUUCUUUUUCUCCUUAAUAAAUCUAGCAUUCCUUUAAUGAUACACUACAUGAUAAAUGAUCCAUUGUAUUAAUUCUUUAUGUAACUCUUGGACAUUUUCAGAAAUGUACCUGCCCUGUAAGUGAAAUCUACAAAGCAAUCAUUAAGUGGUACUGAAGAUGGUCAUGUGAUGACUAAACAUUUCUCAUGUAGAUUGGUUUAAAGACAGAGGACUGAAAAACAUGGGUACAUGAUUCCCCCCCCCCCCCACACACACACGCAGUUGUGUAAUUAAAAGAACUGUAAAGAGUUUAUAAAGUUAAUUGUGAAAUGUUUCUCCUCCGUCUUAAGCGUGAUUGUUUUCUUAACAGAACUUUUUUUUCUUUCUGGAAUUCUGACUUGGUGUGCAUGUCUGUUGAACGAAUGUUUUGAAUCGGUGUUGUCUUUUUAGGAAGUGAAAGAGUUAAACCUAAAACAGGAACCUCGUCUACAUUCCGACACCGUCUCGUUAAAUAAAGGCAUGUUCUUUCAAUACCAUAA